AUGUUGAGCAGCAGCAACAUCUUCGCCAUGUGCAUCGCGGCCGUCGCUCUAUCAAGCGGAGUGCACGCGGAGCAGGCGGUGGCUCAGACGUUCGGCCACAUUCACGGCGUCCAUGGCGGAGUCCCCGGUGUCGUGGGCGUCGGCGUGGGCCCAGACGUGUACGGUCACGGUGUCGGUGUCGGCGUCGGUGUGCCGGGCGUGGCCGGUGUCGGUGUCGGCCUCCCUGGCGUCGGUGUGGGCGGUGUUGGUGUCAGUGUUGGUGUGCCUGCGGUUGGCGUCGGUGGCCCAGUGGUCGGCGCUGUUGGCCCCGCGGUCGGAUACAACGCGCCUGCGAAUGCCGUGUCCAACGCCAAUGCAGGCGCCCCCGCCAAUGCGGUCUCCAACGCGAAUGCAAAUGGGAACGCGGGGCGCGCGUCUGCCUCGGUGGCUAAUGCUGGCGCUGCCACCGCGACCGCGAAUGCCGGCGCUGGCCCCGGUGGCAACGGCGGCCCUGCCCAGACUGUCACGACGAACGGCGACGGAACUGCCUCCGCGACCACGUCGAAGACGACUGGCGGCGCGACUGCGACCGCCUCGGCGAACACGAACGGGCCGAGCGGUGGUCCGAGCGCGGGACCUAGCGGCGGCCCGAGCGCCGGCCCAAGUGGUGGUCCCAGCAACGGACCAAACACUGCAACUGGUGGUGCGGGCGCUACGUCUCAGAAGGCGUAUCGUAAGCUCCGCUCGGAGUAA